AUGUAAUUUUAAGGGAUUUUAAAGUAUAUAGACAAAGUUAAAUCAUUAAAAAUAUUUCAAUCAGGAAUACCUUAAAAGAUAAUAUGGCUAUGUAUAUAUAUACAUAAUUAUAUUAGAUGGUACAUAUAGGUUUGUUUAGACAAUAUUGCCAAAAGUUUAAUCGAUAGCUGUUCAUUUAUUAUGGAAUUCUAAUUUAAGAAGAUAAUAUGGAAAUGGAUGGGCAUUAGUAACAGGAGGAGGUGAUGGUCUUGGAAAAGCUUAUGCAAUAGAGUUAGCAAAAAUGGGAUACAAUAUAAUUAUUAUAGGACGAACAUAAGAAAAAUUAGAUUAGACUAAAUAGUUGAUCCAAAAUUAAUAUAAUGUGUAGAUGGAAACAAUUUAAUUUGAUUUUGAUACAUGUAGUGAAAAUGCUUACAAAGAAUUACAUUAAAAUAUAGUCAGAAUAGGUGAAAUUGCUAUUUUGAUAAAUAAUGUUGGAACUUUUGAAAUGCAUCCAUUUGAAUAAGAAUAAAAAACUAGUACUUUAAUAAAUGUUAAUAUUAAUGCUUGCACUUAUUUAAGUUAAAUUUUAGUACCAAACAUGAAAUAGAGAAACAAAAAAUCUUUAAUAUUGUUUGUAGGUUCAGAAACAGGAGAAAGUCCCCAUAGUGGAUGUGCUAUACAAUCUUCUACUAAAGCCUAUAUUGGAAAUUUAGCUAGAUCAUUGGCAAUUGAACUAUCACCAAAAAUUGAUGUUAGACUUGUCACUCCAGGACCUAUUGCUACAAAUCUUUUAGAUUAAAACAAAAAAUAUGUUAAUUUCAAAACUAAGUUAUUCAUUUGCACACCUGAAGAAGUUGCUCAACAAUCUUUACGUAAAGUGACUAUCUAAACUCAUAUCAUUGGUACAUGGAAACAUGGAUUGUUGUAAUAUUUAUAAAAUAAAUAAAAAAAUUGAU